AUGCCACUGGAGGCAGUCAUGAUCUGCCUGGACAAUUCGGACUAUACAAGGAAUGGCGACUAUAUGCCCACUCGCUUCGAUUCACAAACUGAUGCAGCCAACCUUUUGUGUGGUGCAAAGACAAAUCAGAAUCCAGAGAAUGCCGUCGGAAUCUUGGCUAGUGCCGGAGACCGCAUUGAGGUUAUGGUGACCCCAACUCCAGAUCUGGGAAGACUGGUGACCGAGCUAAACAGAGUUACAAUCGGUGGCAGCAGCGAUUUACUCCGCGCCAUCCAAACCGCGCAGCUGGCUCUCAAGCACCGGCAAAACAAAAAGCAGAAACAGAGGAUCAUCGCGUUCGUCGGCAGCCCUGUGACUGCGACAGAGAAGGAGCUGGAGACCUUGGGCAAGAACCUCAAGAAGAAUAGUGUUGCCUUAGACCUGGUCAGCUUUGGCGAAGUAGAGGAGAAUGCGCCAAAGCUGGAGAAGCUCAUGAACGCCCUGAACAGUCAGGAUACCUCGCACCUGCUGGAGGCGCCCGUUGGGCCAAAGCUCCUCAGCGACAUCCUCCUCUCAUCACCGAUUGUGAAUCCCGAGGGGGAGGCUGGUGCAGGCGGCGAGGGUGGCGAAGCCGGCUUUGAGUUCGGCAUCAACCCCAACGAAGAUCCGGAGUUGGCGCUGGCUCUCCGCAUCUCCAUGGAGGAGGAAAGAGCCAGGCAGCAGGCUGCCGGUGGCGAGGCACCUGCAGGAGGGGAAGCUGCCCCAGCCGGUCAGGCGCCGGCAGCCGCAGCACCUGCUCCAGCUUCAGGGGAGACGGCUCCAGCAGCGUCGCUGCCCGUAGCUCCCGAUGCUGCAGUGAUGGAAGCCAUGGGAAUGGAGGACAUGGACGACGAGCUGCGACAGGCGCUGCUACUCUCCAUGCAAGAGAUGGACGGCGGGUCAGCAGCGCCGGCAGCGGCCCCGGCGACGGCGCCAGCAGCAAACACGGCACCUGCAGCAACAGCCCCAGCCUCGCAGGCUCCAGCGGCUGCGGGGCUCGAAGGCAUGGAGGACAUGGAUGAUGAGCUCCGACAAGCACUGCUUCUUUCCAUGCAAGAGGAGACAGCGGCAGCAGCAGCCCCAGCCGAUGCGCAGGCCUCCGCCCCAAAGCGAAAAGCAGAGGAAUUGGCGGAGGAUGCCGAGAUGAAACCGGCAGCCUCGUCGGACAAGCCCGCAGAGGGCGGCGAGGCCGUCUUGGACGGCAGAUGGCUACAGGAUCCCAGUUUCGUCCAGGAGUUACUAGGUUCGCUGCCUGGCGUCGAUAUCGAUGAUCCACGAAUUCAGGAUGCUUUGAAGGAGGUGAGUGGCGGAGCCCCGCCAAAGAAGGAUGGAGAUGGCUCAGACGACAAGAAGGAGGACAAGAAGUGA